AUGUCCUUUACUUUUUGUUUUUCAUCGAUAGCAGUGAUUACAUCUUUAGCUCUAGUAAUCAAUUAUGGCUUAACAACUGGAGGACCUGUAAUUAUGGUGUGGGGGUGGAUUGUAUCUUGCAUAUUUACAUUGAUGAUUGGUGCCUCCAUUGCCGAGAUUUGCUCCGUUUAUCCUGCAGCUGGCAGUGUUUAUUACUGGGCCGGAGUCUUAUCUCAUCCAGAUUGGGCUCCCAUUAAUAGCUUUUAUUGCGGAUGGCUAAAUAUGAUAGGAAAUAUGGCUUGUGAAUCAAGUUUUGCCUUUGGAUUUGCUUAGGUAUUUUCAGCUAUAAUAUCUUUAGUCAAUGAUGGAUAAGUAACUUUAAGUGAUUAGAAACAAGUACUAAUUGCCAUUGUAACUUUGAUUAUGUGGGCUAUAAAAAACAGAUUGAGGCUUGAUUAGCAAGGAUGGUACAACAAUUUUUCAGCUAUUUACUAGUGCAUUUCAACUAUAUUCCUAGUUACUGCAAUUAUAAUUUGUUCAUCGAAUGUAUCUUCCCAUGAGUUUGUUUGGACUAAUUACAAUAAUGAAACUGGAUUCGAAUCAGUAAUCUAUGUUUGCAUGAUUGGGGUCUUGAUGUCAAUGUAUGGAAUGUCUGGCUAUGAAAGUGGAGCAACUCUUGCUGAAGAAACAAAAAACGCUUCUCACUCUGCUCCAAGAGGCAUUAUAAAUUCCAUAAUUCUAUCCUCUGUAAUUGGCUUCAUAUUUAUAUUGGGAUUGCUAUACUCAUCUCAGGAAAAUAUUUUUAAAGCUCUGAAUGGAGUUUCACAAUAAUCAGUCAUUAACAUUAUCGAUGUAACUUUUACAGAUGAAUUCAGCAAUGAAAGAAAUUAUUUUGCUUCUGUUACACUAUCUGUGAUUCUAAUGCUUAACAUUUUUCUAGCUGGUUUUUCCCAUAUGACUGGUACGACAAGAAUUACUUAUGCUCUUGCUAGAGAUAAUGGUCUGCCAAAGUCUGAAUGGAUGAAAUAACUUAAUCCUCGCACUUCUAAUCCUGAUAGAGUGCUCUUAGUAGUCCUAAUUAUUGACUCUCUACUUUGUACUUUACCAUUAUUAAGCACUUUGGCUUUUACAGCUAUAACUAGCAUCGCUACAAUAGGAUACUAACUUUCCUAUGCAAUUCCAAUAUUUUUGAGAGUGACAUAGAGUAGAAAAACUUUUAAGCAGAGCUUAGAUUAUAAUAUUGGGAAGUAUUCUGUUAUAAAUUCAUGGGUCUCAUUUUUAUGGUUGAUCAUAUCUUCAUUGGUACUCUUCUUUCCACUUAGAUAUGAUCCCUAGCAAGGAAUAACUGCUUAAAAUUUCAACUAUACAGCUUCUGUGAUGUUAGGAGCAUUAAUGAUUGCUUCUAUAUUUUGGAUUUUUCCGCUAGGAAAUGGGGCGAGAAAUUAUUUUAGAGGACCUCAAGAUCUUAGGAAAUAUAAUGGUGAAGAAAUAAUUAUUUGA